CUUCACAGCUGGGAACAUAAAUUCUUUGAACCAGAAAUAGGAAGUUUCAAUUUCCCUCACCAAAUCUUGAACUGCCAAUGUAUAUAUAUAUAGUAGUGGUAUGACUACUACCUCUCCAUCCCUUCCACAUUGCACAUGAGAAUAAUAAUCACCCUGCCACAUCUUCUUUGUUAAUUGAUUCGAAGUUUCCAAGACCCAAUCUUCAAUUUUUUGGCCUGAAAUCAACAUGAAGCACCAAACCAGGUCCAUAGUGUUCCUUCCAAAUUUACUAAUACUGCUAACCAUUCUACUCCAUCCAAACAUAUGGUCAGUAGCACAAGAAGUUGAGGAUGAGAGUGAGUUUAAUUACAUACAAGGGAACGAAAAGGGUCCCUCAAAUUGGGGCACAAUGAAGAAGGAAUGGAAAACAUGCAAAACUGGUAAAAUGCAAUCUCCUAUUGAUUUGUCAAGUCACAGGGUGAGAGUGGUACCAAACUUAGGGGAGUUAAAGAAGUUCUAUAAGCCCCAGAAUGCAACUGUGAAGAACAGAGGCCAUGAUAUUGAGGUGAAGUGGGAGGCAGAUGCGGGAUCAAUAAUUAUUAAUGGCACAGAAUUUUUUCUGCAUCAAUCCCACUGGCACUCACCUUCUGAACACACCAUCAAUGGAAGGAGGUAUGAACUGGAGCUGCACAUGGUUCAUGAAAGCCGAAAAAUAAAUGGGAAGAGUAAGAUUGCUGUUGUUGGGGUUAUGUACAAUAUUGGUCAACCCGAUCCUGUUCUCAAUAAGUUGUCAAAAUACAUAAAAUCCAUGGGGAGUGAUCAUGAAGCAGAAAAAAGCAUUGGGGUGAUGGAUCCUUCAGAAAUCAAGCUGGGUGGCAAGAAGUACUACCGAUAUGUGGGUUCCCUCACUAUCCCUCCUUGCACUGAAGGUGUCAUUUGGACCAUUAAUAAAAAGAUUAGAAGUGUGUCAAAGGCGCAAAUCAACUUCCUAAGAGAGGCUGUCCAUGAUCAUGCUCAGAGGAAUGCCAGACCAGCACAAUCCCUGAAUAGACGAGGGAUACAACUCUACGGUCCAAAACGGAAGGAAUAAAUAACUCGUGCUCCUAUAUAGAGCUAGUCUUGUUGUGUAAUUUCUAGCAUGCUGCUUAUAAAAGGAUUGUUUUGAAAUUGAUGGUGUUAGUGAGCAACGGUUGAUUGAUUUUGGUUAAGAAAAAGAAUAACUUAAAGUAAAUAAUAAAAUUUUGUGCGGUGAGGUAGGUGUUGGCUGGUUGGUGAUCUUGUUUGGUUUAUGGUUAAAGCAAUACAAGAAUAAAGUUGUGUGGAUA